AGGGAUUGAUAGAAGAAGAGAAGAUGGAUUCAUUCAACAUCCCACAAUACACUCCAUCCCCUGCUGAGGUAAAAUCUGAGGUUCAGAAAGAAGGCUCUUUCACCAUUGAUCGCCUUGAGGUUUCUAGAGUCGACUGGAAUGCCUGCAAAGCCAAAUUAUGCCCAUCAUCAACCGACCAGGAGUUUAAGGAAGAUGGGUACGAUGUUGCAAAGUGCAUGAGAGCUGUGGCUGAGUCAUUGCUUGUUAGUCAUUUCGGUGUAGAAAUCAUCGAUGAGGUGUUUGAAAGAUACAAGAAGAUAGUCGCAGAUCGCAUGGCCAAAGAGAGGACUGAGUUCUUCAAUGUCACUGUUUCCAUGACUAGAAACUAGUUGUGGGAUUGUUUGAAAUACUCCUCGUCAAUCAUGGGAUGGGAUAGAUAUAAUAAUUGGGAAAAUUAUGCAAAUAAUCUCUAUAGUUUACACGAUGGGUUAAUUUAGUCCUUAUAAAUUCAAUUUACUCGAUUUUGUCCCUUAAUUUAAUGGAUUGUGUCAUUUUAGUCCAAUAAAUAAUGGUUGUUAAGUUCAUUUAACGGAAAGUCAAACAAUGUAUUAAUUUAGUCUCUAUAUUUUUCACAAUGUGGCAAUUUGGUCUCUGUAUUUUCUACAAAGUGUCAAUUUAGUCCCUGUCAAAAUCGAGAAAAUUGAAACUACUGAGACCAAAUUGGCACAUCGUGUAAAAUACAGCGACCAAAUUAACAAAUUAUUUGACCUUCCGUUAAAUUAACUUAACAACCGUUAUUUAUUAGACUAAAAUGAUACAAUUCGCUAAAUUAAAGAACAAAAUCGAGCAAAUUAAAAUUAUAAGAAUCAAAUUAACACAUCGUGUAAACUAGAUAACUCAUCCAUAAUAAUUUUCUUGUAUUGUAGUUUGUUCAAUAUGGUGUGAUGUGGUUUGGUUUUUAGUUGUGUUUCUUUGUCAUCCUGUUACAAUGUUUGAGCUUGAAGCCAGUGUUGUAAUAUCAAUUACCCAAGAAGAAUAAAAAGAAGCUAUUUGAAACUAAA